AUGUUAUAAAAUCGAAGCUGAAAAUUAUGCCAAACGACGUCAUAUGCGUUUGAUCCUUGCAUUGCAGUUGCAGGAAGAGAUUUAAAGCUGCUUCUCUGUCUCCGGCUACCGCAGCGUUCAUCCGUCGGCGUCACCAUCGGAGUCGUGAUCGCCACGCAGCUUCUAUAUAGAAACAAAUGCCUCGUUACAAAGACGAGCCCCCUGCAAUUCGGGUCUAUACUGUCUGCGAUGAAUCCAGAUAUUUAACUGUGAAGAACGUUCCAGCGUUAGGUUGCGGGGAUGAUUUGCUGCAACUGUUUUCAUCCUAUGGACAAGUUGAGGAGUGUAAGCCAAUGGAUGCAGAGGACUGUGACCCAUUCACCGAUGUCUAUUGGAUCAAAUUCCGUUUUUUCCACAAUGCCAGGUUUGCGAAAAGAAAACUCGAUGAUUUUGUUUUCCUGGGGAAUCGACUGCAGGUUUCGUAUGCUCCCCAUUUUGAGAGCCUCUCUGACACAAAGGAUAAAUUAGAGGGAAGAAGAAGGGAGGUUUUAGCACGACUGGACCCUAGAAGAUCUAAAGAGACCACCGCUUCGAGCUCUAUGCCUCUGAUUACAUCAAAGACCAGUUGUGCAGAACGAUUAGAUCCUAAUGCAAGGGAUUUAGAAUUCAAACGAGUUUCUUGCAGCAGUAAUUGUCCAAUAACAACUGUUUCCUCUAAUGAGGAUUAUUUUGCUUCCCAUUCCAUGAAUCAAACAGUGAGGUUUGUGAGGGAUAAGCUUGAUAAGAUUCGAUCCAGUGGUGAGCGUAUACAAGCUGGAUCUGCAUCAAAGAAACCGCGAGUUGAUAAUAGGAGGAGAAUUUAAUGUGUGAAUGAAGAAUUUCUAUUGUUCUCACCUGCUCUGCUUUAAAUUAUAGAGCUGUGUUUUAUUUGAUUCUGGGUGUGUUAAAGCUCAAUCCCCAGGUCUGUAAUGAAAAUUUUGACAAGUGGAAUUUGAAGACUGUCCCAUCCAAUUAUAUUGUGGGUCGUAUGCUCUGUAGCAAGAUGCUUUUUUAUGCAACUUACUAGCACAUCAGCAAUUCGUCCAGGUAACAGUGCAAGAACUCUUCCAAAUUUCCAGUCACCAACUCACCAUGCGAUUUGUUUGUUAGCUUUUCAUUGACCAACGCCACACCUUCUUAUAGGAAACCCUAUAUUGAAGUCCCAUGUUGUUUAUUAUUCGAAUUAUAGAAAAUAGGGCUUCAUUUGGAUUAGCACUAGUUAUUUCGCGCAUAAAUGAUGUAAUGAUAAUACCACAGCCACAGCUUAACUGAUGAUGUUCCUGGGUGCCGCACCAAAUAUUUGAAUUGCCUAUGUACCACAAACUGACGCUUUUCGGCCU